CCCCCCACCUCCCUCUGGCACCCCCCGGCCUAAGCAGCUAACCAUGGCCGAGGCCCCCGGCGCGGCGUUGUCCCAGGCGGGUUGGUAUCUUUCAGAGGAAGGCAUUGAAGCUUGCACAAGUUCUCCUGACAAAAUCAAUGUAAAUGACAUCAUCCUGAUUGCUCUCAAUACAGAUCUCAGAACAAUUGGAAAGAAAUUCCUUCCCAGUGACAUCAAUGGUGGAAAGGUAGAAAAGCUUGAAGGUCCGUGUGUUUUACAAAUCCAAAAAAUACGCAAUGUUGCUGCACCAAAGGAUAAUGAAGAAUCUCAGGCUGCACCAAGGAUGCUGCGUUUGCAGAUGACGGAUGGUCAUACAAGUUGCACAGCAGUAGAAUUUAGUUAUAUGCCAAAAAUAAGCUUGAACACACCACCUGGAACUAAAAUUAAGCUCUCGGGCAUUGUUGACAUAAAAAAUGGAUUCCUGCUCUUGAAUGACUCCAAUACCACAGUUCUUGGUGGAGAAGUAGAACACCUUAUUGACAAGUGGGAGUUACAAAGAAGCUUGUCAAAACACAAUAGAAGUAAUAUUGGGACUGAAGGUGGACCACCUCCUUUUGUGCCUUUUGGACAGAAGUGUAUAUCGCAUGCCCAGGUGGAUAGCAGAGAACUUGAUCGAAGAAAGACUCUGCAAGUUACGAUGCCUGUCAAGACUACGAACGAUAAUGAUGAAUUUGAAAAGCAAAGGACUGCUGCCAUUGCUGAAGUUGCAAAGAGCAAAGAAACCAAGACAUUUGGAGGAGGUGGAGGUGGUGUUCGAGGUAACCUCAAUAUGGGUUCUGUUGGGAACCGAAAUAGGGAAGUUUUACAGAAAGAAAAGUCAUCCAAAGCAGAGGGGAAACAUGAAGGUGUCUAUAGAGAACUGGUUGAUGAGAAGGCACUGAAGCACAUAACAGAAAUGGGCUUCAGUAAGGAAGCAUCCAGGCAAGCCCUCAUGGAUAAUGGCAACAACUUAGAAGCAGCACUGAAUGUACUUCUUAACAGCAAUAAACAGAAGCCUGUUGUGGGUCCUCCUCCAAGAGGCAGAGGAAAAGGCAGGGGUCGAGGAAGAUCUGAAGAUGAAGAUGACCUGGGGAAUGCAAGACCUUCAGCACCAAGCACGUUAUUUGACUUUUUAGAAUCUAAAAUGGGAACUUUGAAUGUGGAAGAACCUAAGUCACAGCCACAACACCUUCAUCAGGGACAGUACAGAAUGUCAAACACUGAGCAAAAUGGAGUAAAAGAUAAUAAUCAGCCAAGACACUUUCCUCGAAAUGAUACCAGGCAAACAAGAAAUGAAAAACCUCCUCGUUUUCAAAGAGACACACAAAACUUAAAGUCAGCUUUAGAAGUCAGUGGAUUAUCUAGAAAUAGAGGUUCUGAAAGACUGAAUACUUCAACGGGAGCUGAAGUGUGGGCUGAAGAGAGAAUCAAGUGUGAUAGACCAUAUUCUAGAUAUGAUAGAACUAAAGAUACUUCAUAUCCUUCAACAUCUCAGCACAGUGAUGGUGCUUUUAAAAAAAGAGAUAACUCUAUGCAAAGUAGACCAAGUAAAGGUCCAUCUUAUGGAGAGGCGAAAGAAAAUCCACUUCCUCAAGAAUCCAUAGAUUAUAAUAAUCAAAAACGUGGCAAAAGAGAAAACUACACAGGUAACCCUGAUCAUUUUUAUGACAGGAAAUCACGAACAAUAACUAAUGAGGCUUUCAGUAGUGUAAAAGUUGAAAAACAUUUUAAUGUAAGUACUAAUUAUCAACAUCCUGUCCGAAGUAAUAAUUUCAUUGGUGUUCCAAAUGGAGAGACCGACAUGCCGCUGAGAGGAAGACGAGUAGGACCGAUGCAGCCAGCAGGACCUGCCACCGUUGAACCCUAUGAUGAUAAGAUAUUUUACAAUAGUGGGCCUAAAAGAAGGUCUGGGCCAAUUAAGCCAGAAAAAGUGCUAGAGUCAUCUAUUCCUAUGGAGUAUGCAAAAGUGUGGAAACCUGGAGAUGAAUGCUUUGCACUUUAUUGGGAGGACAACAAGUUUUACCGAGCAGAAGUUGAAGCCCUCCAUUCUUCUGGUAUGACGGCGGUUGUUAAAUUCAUUGAUUAUGGGAACUAUGAAGAGGUGCUACUAAGCAAUAUCAAGCCUAUUCAAACAGAAGCAUGGUGUCUAUCAUUGGCUGAGAGCUCCAUUCAGAAGGGAGAGGAAGUACUGCAACACUCCAGGGGAGCUGGAAAUGCACAGGAUGAAUCAGAAGACCUGGGUUCCAGUCCUGGCUCUGCCACUUACUACCUAUGUGACUUUGGGAAGAAGAAGGCACCUAUGACCAAACUCUUGAGUUCCGAAGAGGUGGUGAUGGCCAGCCAAGAAGAUCCACUCGGCCAACUCAGCAGUUUUACCAACCUCCCCGGGCUCGGAACUGAUAUGAAAAGAUUCUUUGUGAAGAAAGGAGUCGUUGACUGAAACAUCCUUGUUAAAGCCUGUUGAUAGAUCUUCUACUUUCCUUCAGAAUAAGAUGCAACCAUGGUGGAUAUUAUUAUUUGAAAAAAGAAAAGCAGGUUUUAGGGGAGGGGGAAUUUCAACCCACAUAAAGAAUGGGAAAAAAAAUACUGAGUUAAAUAAAGCAAAUACCUUUUACAAGUGAUAGGAAGAAUUUUUUUCUUCUGCAGUCAAUAAAACCAUUGUGCUAUUGCA